GGAAAACAUCUUUCUUAUUUUUAUUGAAAGAACUUCUAACAAAUCCAAAGUAAGACUGACCAUCAAACACUGCCGGAACUCCUUCGGAAUCCGUCGCUGCACCGUGAUGACCGUGCCAUAGUCAAUGGUCCGGAGCGCCACAAUUACCAACGCGACACGUACGAAUAGGCGAGCAUUGGCGUCGGCUUGAACAGUAUCAUCAACCUAAACGAACAAACUAUUACUUAUCAAAUCCAACAAACUUCAACCGCCAUUAAUCUCGCCAAUACCCCAACUCAUAGUAUGGGCCCGCUAGAAAUCCAUUCACUUGAACAUGGGCAAUUGGGGAAGAACGUGGCCUCGGUGCGGAGAGCCAGGCUAGUGGAGUGGAAGCGGAGUUGGCUUAUAGCGGGUUUCUAGGUUCUAGAAGUUGAGAGGGCCAAUGGGGCCGCUGUUAGUAAUGCUGUAUGAUGCCUGUCUUAAUUGCGGUACACUGUUAGUGUUUGCUAACAAAGAAAAAAGCAGGGAAUGGAAAGAAGGAAAUCCAGUAAUAGAAAACAAACGACACCUACGGUCAAGUUAUUUGCAGCAGGAGUGUUCCGACGCCCGCUGUAGCCUGUCCUCUGGUUGGCUGACAGACUGACGAAUGCACGCUAAGCCACUAAGCGUGUGAAACGCCUAUCCCCCCAAAAAGAGAAAAGCCCGCCUUGCCGCGCUAGCAGAGCGUGGUGCACCAUAGGCUGGCCAGCUGUUAGCGCCCGCACUUUUUCUGGUGGACGCUUAAUGGUGGUGGUGGCCCCUCCUCCAGAAGUCUAAUCGCUGUUUCUAGUGUCCCUAUGCAAUUCCCCCGCCAUUUCUGCGCUUCCCCCCAAAGCGUCGUUCCCCUCUCCUCCAUCAUCGUCGCAAUUCCAUCGGCUACUUUUGCCCUUGGCCACGCUUCUCCUAUUUCCUUCUUCCCGGCUCACCUUUUAUUUCUCGGCUCGUUCGACGCUGUACGAUACACGGUCGGCUGUUAUAUUUAUUAAUUCACUGCCUGUCACGAACAACAGCCAGCAGCCCGUUGCGAAGUCCCAGGCCAUCCGGAGCGAUGCUACAUCGUCUGAAGUGAUUGAUUCAAAGCCAUUUUUGAAUUUGUAAAUUCCAGUUUGGCACUUUCAAUCCCCCAGACCGCACGGCAGCCGUAUCCCGGACAGCCGACGCUGGGGCGCAUUUCCUGGCCCUUCCCCAAGCAGCCCCAAUCACACAUCCUUGUUUGCCGCCGAGACAUGUCAAGAUUGCUCCUAAAAGUAGUCGCACUAACUCUUUUGACAGUAUCGGUAGCCCGCAUACCGAUUUAUUGACCCUAGGAUUGCACGCGCUCGCACACCCGUCGACCCCGACCCAACAAAUCAUAUUCACGGUCGUGAAGUUUAUUCUUCGACGACGACAACAACCACGACGACGACUCUGUCCUCCCGACCUCGCUUUGCGCUAGUUCCUCUGCAUUCUCACAAGCUGGCAGGCAACAAGCGACGCAGCGUCUCCUCACAAGGAGGAAGCCUGCUGACUAGAAUGUUUGGAGGUUCCAACUCGAGCUUACCCGGCGCGAAACAAGACAGCGACUCCAAGACGGACAGCAAAGACACGUCCCCAACCUUGAAAACGAAAUCAAGUCCCCCUGCCAUCACGCUCACGGAACAAGCCUUGAACGGCAGCAGCACCACCAGCGGCAGCAAAGGUAGCGGCAAUGGCAGCCCUCCCAGUCCAGCAGAGAUUACUACGGAGAAGAAGAGAAGAAGUAGUAGCCUCAGCAGCAAGGCUAGCGGCUUUCUCACGUCGGCCAAGAAUAGCUUGAGCUUCUCGCCCAGCAGCCGCGGUAGCGUCGAGAUGGUAGCAACCACGCCCCUUCAAAAGUUGGGCAAGAAGGAUGCCGCUCUCGUCGUGCCACAGGGCAAGCAUAACAACUCUGCUGGAGACUCUCUCCCCACCCCGAAAUCCACCUUCAAGGUUGGUGUCUGGGAAGACAAGAACAAGAAAUGCCGCCGUACCAUGGAAGACACCCAUGCUUUCCUGUACAACUUUCUCGAGACGCCUGUUGCCGGCUCAAAACCGGACGAUAUUGCUGCUGAUCUCGACCAUGACGGCGUCGCCCAGUCCGACAAUGGCUACUUUUCCAUCUUUGACGGACACGCCGGCACGUUUGCUGCCGAUUGGUGCGGCAAGAAGCUGCACAUCAUCUUGGAAGAUCUCAUCAAGAAGAACCCCACUAAGUCGAUCCCUGAGCUCUUGGAUCUCAGCUUCACGGCUGCAGACAAGCAGCUCGAGUCGCUUCCGGUCAAGAACAGCGGUUGCACUGCAGCCGUCGCUGUCUUGCGCUGGGAGAAGAAGCCCGCCAAGAGUCGAAGCUCGUCCAAUUCGUCACUUACGCCCAAGCCCAAGGAAAGGGUUGCCGCGCCCUCUGACUCAGAAAAGGCAGCAUCGGCUGCUGUUGAUGCAUCAAGUACGGACGCCCCCGAGGUCGACCCUGGCGCUGUUCGACAGCGCAUGCUCUACACUGCCAAUGUCGGCGAUGCCCGCAUUGUGCUGUGUAGAAACGGCAAGGCGCUGCGGCUGUCGUACGACCACAAGGGUAGCGACGAGAAUGAAGGCAAGCGUAUCACUGCCGCCGGUGGUCUGAUCUUGAACAACCGCGUUAACGGCGUGCUUGCUGUUACCAGAGCGCUUGGCGACUCGUACAUGAAGGAUCUCGUGACUGGGCAUCCCUACACUACAGAAACAGCCAUCCAGCCCGAGCUGGAUGAGUUUGUCAUUAUCGCUUGCGAUGGCAUUUGGGACGUAUGUAGUGACCAAACUGCAGUUGAUCUGGUUCGCGGCGUCCAGGACCCUACGCUUGCAUCCAAGAAGCUCGUGGACCACGCCAUGGGCCGUUUUAGUACCGACAACCUGUCAUGUAUGAUUGUCCGAUUCGACAAGAACGCCACGGCGCAGAGUGCCACCGAGGACAAGGAGCCGGUUCCUGGAGUUCGCAAGAUUAGCGAGGUGGACAAGAUCCUCAACGACACGCGGCAGCGUAUUGCCAACGGCACUGUGGCGCCCAUUGGCGUGUCUGCCACGAACGGCGGCCGCGGCUACGAGCCCGAAUUCAUCCCAGAAGAAGACUGGGAGACGGAUGACGACAGCCAGCAGGCCAAGAAGGACGACGACGAGCUCGUGUUGGAAGAGGAAGUUGUUGUCACUGACGAGGCCAAGGCCUAAUUGUGAGACUCGGUCACCCUCGACUUGCAUAGCGCUGAGGAUGUGCGAGUGUGCGAAAUAUAUCGACUAGGCGAGACAAGCAUUUCAUGAAUUAUUAGUAUUGUUCCAUGCG